UCGGACCCGCGCUAUUUGUUUAUACACGACGUUAUUUGUCGCGCUCCACGCCACUUCGCCGCGGGUCCCUUUUACGUUCGCGCUAUGUCGAGAUCGAGAGUCUCGAGCGCGUUUAUUAGGUUAAUCGCGAACCGCGGAGGAUCGCGUCUCGCGCUGCCGCGUGCCGCGGGGGUCGCUCGCGGGGCGGAGGCUGUCCGGGAUUCGACCGGCGAGCUGUACUCGCGUGCGCAACGGCCGUACGCGACAAUGAGCGUGGAUAUCACUUUGUUCACUUUGCCGAACAACCAGCCGGUUGUCGCGCUGGAGUGCGACACUGCGUUCCAGUCGUUAACGCAGAAGGAAAAGUUGUACGCUCACUACCUGAGCCAGGCCGCGUGGAACGGAGGACUGAUAGUAUUGAUACAGACGUCGCCAGAGUCGCCGCUGAUAUUCGCGUUGCUGCACAAGAUUUAUCUCGCGGAGCCUGUCGACGAGCUGAAAGAAGCCGCCCUGCGCGUCGGCGUCAGCGAGCAUGACUUUACGGCCUUCCUGGUCUACAGCUGCGGGCUGUUCGCAAACGCGGGAAACUACAAAGCCAUGGGCGACACUAAAAUCAUCCCGAAUUUGCAUAAAAGUGCGUUCGAGACGAUCUUGAAGGCUUCGAAGGCUUACAGGAAUGAUUCCAAGGAGCUGCAGGAUAUAUGGGAUAACAUUUCGAACACUCUGUAUUCUUUGGACGGCAAAUUGAAGUCAUUGGGAUUGGGUGAUAAGGGGGUGACGACGUAUUUCUCCGCAAACUGCACCAAGGAGGACGCGGACAGAGUCAACGCGUUCAUGCAGCACAAGGGACUGGAGUCCUGCAACGCGAGGUGCUUCAAGACGGUGGCGCGGGAUCCCGUGGGUGACGGUAACGUCGACGUGUACGAGAUCAAACUGGCGUCGGUGGAGACGUCGGACAAACCCGGGGUGACGCUGCCCGAGGAAGCGUACGGGAACGCCAAGUUCAAGAUCACGAGGGGGGACUACAGCAAACUCAUGGUGCCGGUCGUGGAAAAUCUCGAGAGGGCCAAGGAGUACGCGUCCAAUCAGAUUGAAAAGGAUAUGCUGGGCAAAUACGUGGAUCAUUUCAGAACGGGAUCUCUGGACGAUCACAUGGACGGCUCUCGUCUCUGGAUAAAGGACAAGGGACCGUCCAUCGAGACGUACAUCGGCUUCAUAGAGACGUACCGAGACCCCGCGGGUCAGCGAGGCGAGUUCGAGGGCUUCGUGGCGAUGGUGAACAGGCAGAUGUCCGAGAAAUUCACCACGCUGGUCAACAGGGCCGAGGAAUUCAUCCCCAAGCUACCUUGGAACGAGGAUUUCGAGAAGGACACGUUCCUGAGGCCGGACUUCACCUCUCUCGACGUUCUGACGUUCGCGGGCUCCAGCAUUCCGUCGGGGAUAAAUAUCCCGAAUUACGACGAGAUCAGGCAGUCCGAGGGCUUCAAGAACGUGUCGUUGGGGAACGUGAUACCCGCGCAUAUGAAGGACACUCACGCGAUCCCGUUUCUAUCGGACGCCGAUCAGGAACUGAUGCAGAAGUACAGAAUAUCCAGCUUCGAGGUGCAGGUCGGUCUGCACGAGCUCCUCGGCCACGGUACCGGUAAAUUGUUCAAGCAGACCGGGCCGGACACCUACAACUACGACCGCGACAACGUGAAGAAUCCUCUCACCGGCGGUAAAAUAGACAAGUUCUUCCAGAAAGGGGAGACCUACGAUUCCAAGUUCGGCUCUAUGGGAUCCACGUACGAGGAGUGCAGGGCGGAGGCGGUCGGUCUUUACCUGAGCCUGGAGAGAGAGGUGCUGAGCAUAUUCGGCCACGAGGGACAGGUGGCGGAGGAUAUUAUCUACGUCAACUGGCUGUCCCUGCUGUGGAGCGGUUUCGCCAAGGCCUUCGAGAUGUAUCAGCCCGCCACGCAAACGUGGUCCCAGGCUCACUCUCAGGCGCGUUACGUUCUGCUCAGAGUGUGCCUGGAGGCGGGCGAGGACUUUGUCAACGUGGUCGAGACCGAGGGAGGGAAGAACCUCCGUAUAAUUGUCGACCGGAGCAAGAUCUCCACGGUCGGCAAGAAGGCCAUCGGUGAUUUUCUCCUCAAGCUGCAGGUUUACAAGAGCAUGGGCGACGUCGAGUCGGCCGAGAGGAUGUACGGCAGGUACAGCGAGGUGCCGGAGAGCGGGCCGCAUCCGUGGGCCCGCUGGAGAGACGUGAUCCUGUCUCGCAAGGAACCGAGGAAGAUCUUCGUCCAAUCGAAUACGUUUAUCGACGGCUUCGAUUCCAAUAACGUGAUACUCAAGAAUUACGAGUCGUCGUACACGGGGCUUAUUCAAUCGUGGACCGAGAGAUUCCCAAGCUCAGACAUAUCUCGAACGCUGAUUGAACUCUGGAACAAAGACAAGCAUCACUUUGCGUCGGCGAACAAUUAAUCGGGGCAGUUAACGGUCCGGGUCGUAAAGAAUUCCGUGUAACCGUCGUCGGCGUUCGUGUUUACCAGAACGGCCGAUGUUACCCGGUUUAAAAUAUUACUUUUUUACACUGUUCAAUUUUUUACACGACAUACGCAACGAUUGUCUCGUUUCAAGGUUGAAUGUGUAUGUACAUAUGGUAUGUGACAGUUUUAACUUUUUUCAAGCCACGCGAUUGCGAGAGUAUCACAUCGCGAUCCGUACUCCGAUCUACGCGCGACUGCUCGACGUUUUUGCUUUUUAUCCGUUUUUUUUUUAGAAUAUUCCACAAGGUAAUGGAGUAUUGUAAGAUGCCUUUGACCCGUCUUUUGGGUCAUAUAGCGCUAAACGUCGCGGACAAGAGUACGGGGGGGGGGGGGAUGCAUUUAAAGAGAAUAUGCUGAACUUGUGUGUGGAACACAAAGAUAACUGUAUGUUACAUAAAAUAUACAAUUACUUUAUAAAUUACUUUAUAAAUACAAGUUGAGGCAUUCGUAA